GUGCGGCGGCUUCUCUCGCGAGGACGGACGCCAUUAUCGCAUCUCCCCGACAAACACCACGAGAAUUCCGCAGCCCACACGGGACAGCAACCCCAUCCCUGGUGAGCUUGGUUCCUGCCGUCGCCCGGCCACUCUGGUCGCUCUGGAUGAUGUCGGAACAGGACCUGGCGGACGUGGUGCAGAUCACCGUGGAGGAGCUGAGUCCCGACCACCCAGUUGUGUUGGAGAAUCAUGUCGUGGCCGAUGAGGAUGAACCAGCUCUGAAACGCCAGCGACUCGAGAUCAACUGCCAGGACCCUUCUAUAAAGUCAUUCCUGUGUUCCAUUAACCAGACAAUAUGCUUGCGACUGGAUAGCAUUGAGGCCAAGCUGCAGGCUCUGGAGGCCACCUGCAAGUCACUGGAGGAAAAGCUGGAUCUGGUCACCAGCAAGCAGCACAGCCCCAUCCAGGUGCCCAUGGUGGCCGGCUCCCCUCUCGGCGCCACCCAGACGUGCAACAAAGUGCGGUGCGUCGUCCCCCAGACCACAGUAAUUCUCAACAGUGAUCGGCAGAACGCCAUUGUAGCCAAGAUGGAAGACCCCCUGGGCAGCAGGGCGCCGGAUCCCCUGGAAAAUGUCAUUAGCAACGCGGUCCCCGGGCGGCGGCAGAACACCAUCGUGGUGAAGGUGCCGGGGCAAGAGGACAGCCACAACGAGGACGGGGAGAGCGGCUCCGAGGCCAGCGACUCCGUCUCCAGCUGCGGACAGUCCGGCAGCCAGAGCAUCGGCAACAACGUCACGCUCAUCACCCUCAACUCGGAAGAGGACUACCCCAACGGCACGUGGCUGGGGGACGAGAACAACCCCGAGAUGCGGGUGCGCUGCGCCAUCAUCCCCUCCGACAUGCUGCACAUCAGCACCAACUGCCGCACGGCCGAGAAGAUGGCCCUCACGCUGCUGGACUACCUGUUCCACCGCGAGGUGCAGGCCGUGUCCAACCUGUCGGGCCAGGGCAAGCACGGCAAGAAGCAGCUCGACCCCCUCACCAUCUACGGCAUCCGCUGUCACCUCUUCUACAAAUUCGGCAUCACGGAGUCGGACUGGUACCGCAUCAAACAGAGCAUCGACUCCAAGUGCCGGACGGCCUGGCGGCGGAAACAGCGAGGCCAGAGCCUGGCCGUCAAGAGCUUCUCCAGGAGAACCCCGUCCUCGUCCUCCUACGGCGCCUCGGAGACCCUGAUGAGCACGCCGCCCGCCAGCGAGCUGCAGCAGCCCCCGCCGCAGGCCCUGCACUACGCCCUGGCCAAUGCCCAGCAGGUCCAGAUCCACCAGAUCGGCGAGGACGGACAGGUCCAAGUAGGCCACCUCCACAUCGCCCAGGUGCCGCAGGGAGAGCAGGUGCAGAUCACGCAGGACAGUGAGGGCAAUCUACAGAUCCACCACGUGGGACAAGACGGACAGGUGUUGCAGGGGGCCCAGCUGAUAGCUGUGGCUUCUUCGGACCCCGCGGCCACGGGAGUGGAUGGCUCGCCGCUGCAGGGCGGUGACAUCCAGGUGCAGUACGUCCAGCUGGCGCCAGUGACCGACCACACGGCCGCGGCUCAGACGGCCGAUGCCCUGCAGCCCGCCCUGCAGCCCGAGAUGCAGCUGGAGCACGGAGCCAUCCAGAUCCAGUGAGGCGCACGGCCGCCCACCCACCGGACCCGGGCGGAGCCGUCGCCCAGCGUCGGCUCCCGCCGACCCCACCGUUCCCACGCGCCCCGUCCCCGGCUUGGCAGGGAGGUGAGACCGCACACGUUCUGCCGACGUGCAUCCGAGCGCCUCGUCCGCCGGGAGCGCGCCCCAGACAUCACCGUGCCGGGCGCCCCGCCCCCGCCGGAGACCCCAUUUCUUUUGAGGGCACCACCGCGUCCAGAGAAGGGGCGGGAACAGGCGCGGUCACAUUAAGUACACGCGGGAAAUCAAGAACCACGAUAUUUUUCUCUGUUCAGACAGCUUUUUUAAUUUGCUAUGGUGUUUAUAACAAAAAAGAAAACUGAAAAAAAAUGGAGUAGCAGAAGCCUUUUGCUGUGUGCUCUGUUCCGGUAACGAGACUAGGUCUUUGCAGAAGAUGACUAACGAUUUUGAUGGGAACGUUGCUUACCUACUUUUCUAGGGGGCGCGCGGCACUGCAGUGGUGCAUUUCUAAUGAAAUAAAGUGUAUUUAUGACCA